GUGUCAUCCAAACACACACACAUACAUGCAUGUAUGUACAUACUCAGUAUAUGCAGGCAGACAGUGAGCCAAUCAAUCAAUCAAGCGCAAAGCCAGUCAUCAAUCAAAACGUAAAGCGGCUGUCACAAAUUGGAGCCGAUGCUCAGGUGAAAGCCAACAACAACGACAAAGCCUAUUUUCUCAUAAUUAAAUCCGACCAUAACGUCAGCAACAACAUCAGCAACAACAUCAACAACAACAUCAACGCCAACGCACAGUUUGCCGGCAGAUGCGAUAAAAAAAACAUAGCAUGUGCACUCUAUAUAAACGAUACAGAUCGGUUAGUGUUACUUAGUCAGUCGGCGAGUGAGUGAGCUAGUCAGCGCCGAUCUGAUUGCCGCCUAUCUGCCUGCCAGGAACUAAACACUGGCCCAUGAACCCAGCCCAAGUGCCGACAGAGAGCGAGACGCUGUGCCUUCGUCAUUGUCAUCGGCAUCGUCAUCGGCAUCGUCAUCAUUAUCGCCAUCUUCAUCAACAGUUGGUCAAAUAAGUGAAAGUGAAUUUGUUUAUAUACAUACAUAUAUGUAUAUAUAUACACACACACAUUCAUAAACGUAGUCGUGCAUAUUACCAAAGCGAAAGAGACGCGUGCGUAACACCAUAAAGGCAGUUAGCGCGCCCCGAACUUUAAAUCGAUCCAUAUACACAAAUUACAAACAAUAACAAAAUACUGUGCGAAUGUUUAGUGCAAACAAUAACCAACAACAACAACAGCAACAAUAACAACAACAGAAAUGUUUAUCAGACUGCGGCAAAUAAUAAUAAAAUCGUGUGAAAUUUUCUACCAAUGAAAAUUUAU